GAGAACGGUAGUCCGGUCCCCUUAAGAUAGCCAUCUAAGGUGGAAAGCUUGGCAUUUAUGAUACAAUCCCGAUUCCCGUUCGAAAAUAAGGUAUUACUCAUAGCAUUUUGGAACGUCUUUUUGAAGUUGCAAAUAAAGGUAUAGGUAUUCCUAUCACUGUCGAUUACCUAUCUAGGUAUCUAUCUCAAGCAGAUAAAUGCAACCUUACAAAUUCCAAGCACCUAUUUAACUUUUGAAAGCACGGAAGGGAAAUAAGGUGGUUUGACCCGAUCGUCGACCAUGACAACCAACGGGACGCCCGAGACGGGCGAGUUUUGGAUAUUCGGUUACGGGAGUUUAAUAUGGAAACCUCCUCCACAUUAUGACAGUAGGGUGCCGGGUUGGGUUACGGGUUAUGUCCGGAGAUUUUGGCAGGCAAGUCAAGAUCAUCGCGGCACACCCGAAGAACCGGGCCGUGUCGUAACCCUAAUCGAGCGAUCAUUCUGGGCCUCUCUAGUCGAUGCACAUGACUCGGCACCAGAAAAAGUCUGGGGCACUGCAUACCGAAUCAAAGCUGAUAAAGUGGCCGAAGUAAAGGAGUACCUCGACAUCCGAGAGAUCAAUGGAUACACGAUCCACUACACCCCCUUCCACCCGGCGGACGGGUCGGCCCCGAUCCGCACGCUAGUAUAUAUCGGCACACCUGACAACGACCAGUUCACCGGUCCCCAGGAACCCCAAGCCCUUGCAGAGCACAUUUACGUCAGCGAGGGUCCGAGCGGUCUGAACCGAGACUACCUGCUGAGCCUGGAGAAGGCGCUUGAUGAGCUGAGUCCCGAGAGUGGAGAUGCCCAUGUGACGGACUUGUCUGACCGCGUGCGUGAGAUUGAGCGCAAACGUCGCGCGGGCGAGUUGCAAGUUGAAGGGUUUGAACAUCCUGUCUCCCACGAGUUCAAGAAGGUGAGCAGUGUAGACGAGCAGGAGGAGACGGAGAAGGCGUAAAUAACCUGCUAAGCGAGAGGACGCUGUGGCUAUUGAGUAAUUGCUUGCUUAUUUAGCUAAGAAAUUCAAGCCGCAUGCAGUACAUAUGAAACGUCAUGUCGAUUCACGA